CAUGGCACCCCAAACCCAAUAUCAUCACCACAGGUACCUUCUUUGAUCUUUGAGACGUUGUCACGUGCCACCCACAAGUACCUUGUGCCACUGUCAUGUAUUCCAGCCACGAUUUCAUCCAAUUGGGCAGUUGAAACUGAAAGAAAACUCCCAAGUGAGAUGUAUAAAACAGACUCUUGAGGUUGAGAAUCUAGCCAUUUGAAAUAGUCAGCUCCAUCAGAAUGAGUUUGAAGCUGUAAGUGAGGUAUGCUGGGUCCAAUAGGGUACACUGGAAAGGGAAACUUGGCCUUUAAAGUGUCAAAGACUUGGGAUUCAAGCUCGUAGACUGAGGUGGACAACAAGAAUUGUGCCUUGGAAACCCUAGAAGUAGCUUCCUUGGCUAUGUUUAAGACCUUUCGCCCUUCCCCAUCGAAAAUCGUGGGAAGAUCUUCAACGCGAAUCGUAGGGAUCCCGGGAAAAAAGAAACGCUUUGGCAAUGAGUCUAUUUGGAGUUCGAAAAUGAGGUUUCCUACAUGAUUUUGAUUAGAUUUUUAGGGUUCAUAUAUGUUCUUGAGCUUCAAAAUAGCUUUUUAGUAGGGUUGUUGAUUUAGUGGCCAAUUUGGUGUUGAUUUCGGGUGACUUCAAGAGUAAUAUUGGAGGUGGGUAAUCUUUAAAUUUUAUUUAUUACUAUCGCAACAUUUAUUUAUAAAAUUAUAGUUAAAUCAUGCAUAUAUUGAAUUUAGUAAAGUAGGUUAUGGGAAUUUUGCGUGUUGACGGUGAUAUAAUGAUAGAAUUAUGUGUGUUAAUUUUUGUGUAUGUUUGUAUUGAAUUUAUAGGUAAUUAUGAAAUUGGGAUAUGCUAUAAAAACAAAGGAAACUAUGCCAUUUUUUUUUUGGAUUUUAUGAAUUGUUUUCAUUUUUAGAUUUGCACAUCAUGUUGGGAUAUUCUAUGUGUUAUUUACAGGUUUUGAAAUUUUGGGAUAUGUUAAAAGCAAUUGUUAUGUUGCCGAAAAUUUUUUAGACUUCGAAAAUUUAAUAAUUAAACUUCUAUUAUGUUGGAUGUCUUAGAAAAAGAACUGGGAGUAGAAGAAAUUGUAGUGUUUUAAAGUAAAGUAAAGUAAGUGUUGUUAUAAGUUACUAAUUAAAUCAAUCAUUGAUUUGUUUUGUAGAAUGAACUAAAAAACAAAGUUAGUAGUAGUCAAAUCGUCGCUAAGGGUUGGGAUGAUAUCUUGCCAAAGUUAGUAGUAAGCCUAUUUUGUUUAUAAGUUCGUUUAGUUCUAAGUUUAGUUUUAUGUCAAUGUAUUAAUGCUUAGGCUAUCUUACUUAAGUACUUAUAUCAAUGUAUAAAUGUCUAUUGUACCUAAAUACUUAUAACAUUGUAUAAAUGAUAGAGUUUUUUGUUUUCAUGUCUCUUUUUAACUUGUGUCCAUCCUUAUGGAUGACAUUUCUAAUGAAUGGAAGUUAACUUAAUUUCAUUAUAAAAAAAUAGAAUUAAUUCCAAUUGAAAAUAUAUAUAAAUUUAAAAUUAGGCCAAUAAAAAAAAACAAGAAUUAAUAUCCAAUUUUAUUAAAUUUGAUUAAAAAAAGAAGGAGACUUUCUACUUCAGUUUUUAUGUAUAAACUAAAAUAGAAAGUAGGGAAUCUACUUCAGUUUAUACAUAAAAAGAGAAGUAGAAAGGUUUAUAUAGGUCACACACUUAAUUGUUCAAACAUUUCUAUUUCGCUUUUUAUGUAUAAACCGAUGUAGAAACCCUACUUUCUACUUCGGUUUAUACAUAAAAACCGAAGUAAAAACCAUACUUUCUACUUCGGUUUAUAUAUAAAAACUGAAGUAGAAAGUUCAUUUUCCACUUCGGUUUUUCACCACCUUUUACUUCACCCCGAACUACUUCGAUUGCGAAUUUAUGCGAAAACCGAAGUAGUUCCACCUUAAAAACCGAAGUCGUAGCCUAUUUUUCUUGUAGUGAUAUUUUCAGUAUGGUGAAAGCUAUAAUAUUAGCAUAAUUCACUCUCUAUCAUGUUCAAUAUAUAUAAUAAUUACUUUAUUCAUUUUAGUUUUAUAUACUAAUUAUAUAUAAUUUUAUUAUAUUUACAUAAUAUUAAAUAUAUCAUAUACUAAAAUAUUAGUAUAAAUAACUAAUAUUUUAUUUUUAAUGUAGCAUGUAUAGAUAUAUAGUUAACCUAUAAGGAUAGAGACUGUGAUAUUCUAGAAGCUUGCUCUUCGCAAGUUAGUUUACUUGCGCCUAAGGCCACCUGCCAGGUUGCCCAAACUGUUCGUAUAAAUUGGUUAACUACUUUCUUGUGUUAACUGCUUUCUUGAUAGCAUUGAACUUAGGCGAGUUCCAAGAAAAUAGUAAGUGGUCCCUUUACAAGGAGUGUGUGCUUUGUGACUACAAGAAAAAACAGCUUUUGCAGCGAAAGUAUUUGCAGCGUUAUAAAUUUACCACAAAUAACUGUUAUAAUAAAUGCCAUGGAUUUGAAAUUUUUUUUGCAGUGAAUAAAUCACCGCAAAUAAUGGAAAGAAAAGGCGCGAAAUACUCGUGUGUGCAUUAUUUCAGGGGGUAACUGCAUACUUAUUUGCGGCGAAUAAUAUGCUGUAAAAAAGUUGAAAAGUCACGAAAAACAUGGGCAAAAAGUUUGGUGGGAAAAGUUUGCGGGCAUUAUUUAGCUUAAUAUUAGCGGCGAAACUUUUCGCCGCAAAUGAAGAUAUUUUUAAGGGUUUUAGUGGAACGGCAGUGUUUUCCUGGUUACUGAUUAAAGUCAUUUAUUUGCGGCAAACAGGUAGGGUAUAUGUGGCGAAAAUUUUCGCCGCAAAUAACUUCCUCGAUAUAUUUUCCAGACCCCCUUCUUCUUCCUCUUUUCUGUCUCUCUCUCUCUCUCUCUCUCUCUCUCUCUCUCUCUCUCUCUCUCUCUCUCUCCUAUUCGAUUCUCUGCAACUCCAACCUCCCAUCCCCCAACCGCGGCACCUCCAAUCCCACUCGACCCCAGCCGACCCCACCCCAACCCCACCUCGACCCCAUGGAACGUCAUUUUCUCUGUGUAUCCCUAAAAAAUUCUUUAAAAUGCAUUUUCUUAAAAAUCCAAAAAAAAAAAUCUCACUGUCACUUCCAACCACGACCUUGUGCUCCUCCACCACGACGAUGACGACAACGACUAUUAACUUAGGUAUAUUCACUUCCUCAAUUUUUUUAUAUAUUUUUUGUAUCCCAUUUUAUUUCGUUGUCGCCACCACAAUUGCGACGAUGCCGGAGCAAUGCUGCAACUCUAGAGAAAUUGCCACCACCACCUCGCCGCCGCUUAUACAUCUUAGCCGAGUAGACGUCGCACGCUCUCAUGGUGGAGAUGCAGGUUGUGAUCCUCUCCCUGAUCCUACUAGGAUCCCUUCAUCUUGUGAGUCAGGGCAUGGAGGAGGAAUGGGCCAGGAACUCGAAAAGGUGAGGCGCAAAGUUGGCAAACCACCUCUAAUAACUUUUGACCCAGACACUUAUAAGUCAUUGGGUAAGCAUGGAACAUGGUUCACACGUUUAGUCAGAAAUACCGUAACUAGCAAAUUACCACCAUAUUUUCUGAAUUGGAAAUCAGUGCCUGAUCAAUACAAACAAUUGCUUUAUACCAAUGUAAAUCAUUAUUUUGAUAUAGCAAGGCGACCAGACUAUGAUCAUAUUAUUGAGGCUAUAGAUGAUAAUGUUAUCGUCAAAUAUCGUGAUAGGAAAACGCGUAGAAAGACACACUUCAAGAAAGUUUAUGGUGGUGAUAAGAACUUUGAGAGGGCCCUCAACAACCCCCACAGUGGUGUUAAUGCUGAAGAUUGGAAAUAAUGCAUUGACUUAUGGUUGGAUGAGAAAUCAAUUAAAUAGGCCGAAAAGAAUCAGGCCAAUAAGGAUAUAAUGAAGUAUCCUUCUACCCAAGGAUUGAAGUCGUUCGUGGCAGCCCGUCACGAUAGAGUAAGUAACAAAAAAAUUAUUAAUUUUCUUUAUUAAUAAAUUAUUUAUCUAAUAAGUUAUUUUUUUGUCAAGUGAAUCCGGAAUCUGGGAAUGUACUGGGUUACAUUGAAAGUUUGAAGCAAUUCCACACCCGCAAAGAUAAAGAAGAAUUCGUCAAUGAGUAAGUGAGAACAGACUAUGUAAGAAUUAUCUUAUUGUUUGACCUUAAAAUCACUAUAGUUUGGAUGUAUUACUGAUAUUUUUCUGUAAAAAAUAGGAAAUGAUGUACAAAGAUUUUGAAGCGCAGAGCCAACAAGUCAUGUCUUCUAUUUCUGAUGAAGGAAGCACGGUUGAUGAAAGGAUGAUCAUGAGAAAAGUGUUGGGUGAACGUACUAGGCAUGAACGAGGAGUUGGUCGCACAUUAAAGGGGAAAAAAGCCUCCAACAGUUAAUCUCAAGCUCGGGCAUAGUCAUUGUCAUACACCCAACCUGUUCAAUCCAAUGAUAAUAAUAGCAUGAUGGGACAGACGAUGACUAACUUGCUGAGACACUACAAAGUAGAUAUUGAGUUCCUGUCUCAGGGCCUUCCUCCUGAAUCCCGCCUACCACCUCAAAACAAUGAGAUCAGAUAUGAAGUAACUCAAUGGUGAGAGAUGUAUGCAGCUACACCUUCACAUGCUCCAUUACUGCCUCCAUAUAUGUUCGGAGAUGAUGCGCCUACACAUGUUCCCCCGCCAGUCCCGUCUCAAUCUACAUUUAGAAAUGACGUGUCUUCGUCAGCACCUCUGCCACGAUCUCCACCGCCCUUGAUCAUUCAGUUUCCAGAUGACAGUGACGAUGAUGAUGCAAUCAACUUAGGAUAGAUUAUAUAGUUAUGUAAAUAAUAAUGUUUAUUUGUUUUAAUAUUAUUAAGACAAUUAUUAAUAUUAGAUUGUAUGGUCUUUUUUCUUAUCAAUUAAUGGAGACUACAAUUCUAAUUAUAAAUUUUAUUAUAUAUUAAAUUUGAUUUUUUUCAAUUUUUUUUAUUUCUCUUAUAAUAUUUGUGGCGAAAAUAUAUUGUAUUUGUGGCGAAUUGUUCGCCGCAAAUAAGAGUCAUAUAAGACACAUCAACCAUUAUUUGCAGCGAAUAAUAAGAUUAUUUGUGGCGAAAUAUUUUAAAUUUUCACCGCAAAUAAAAAUCAAUUACAACAAAAUCUAGAAUUAUUUGCAGCGGUAUUUUCACCGUAAAUAAUGAGGUUAUUUGAGGUAGACAUUUUUUUGCCGCAAAUAAUAGUAUUUACAAUAAUUUUUUGUGGCGAAUUAUUGAGGUAUUUGUAAUGGAAUUGAUCGCCACAAAAAUCCUAAUUUUUUGUAGUGUGUGAGGAAGAUAUUAUCUUGGAACCUUGGCUUAUGAGUUUGAGAGUGAUGUAAUCUACUUCAAUUUUUUGUCUUUCCCUUUUAUUGUUUAUCACUUUAUUUAGAAUUCUUCUGUAAUUUUAGUUUUUUUCUUUGCACAUACUUGCCCAAGUUUCUUUUGGUUGGAUCAAUUAUUGUCACUCACUCAAAAAAAGUUGACUAAAGAGCCGUUUCCUUGUUGCUCAUUAUUAAUUAGCCCCUUCCUUUUUUCAAAGUGAGUAUCUUCUUUAUUAUUAUUUUUUUUUUAAUUUUUAUUUAUAGCCCUCCUUUUCAGUUUGACAUAUUAAAAAAGAGAAAACAAUUACUACUUUUAUCCAAUGAGGACCACGCAUGCAUGGCAGACAAAAGAUCGAAGUAUAGUACAAACCGUGAUACUCUACCGACCCACUAAAUUUUUUUCUAUUCUGAAUCAAUUUUAUGAAAAAAUAAAUAACACCAUAACCAUCACUGUUGUAGUAAUUUAUAUAAGUUUUUAUUUAUAUUAUUUUAAUUAAUUUUGUUUUAAAUUUUAAUAAACUGUCUAUUGAGUUUUUUAUUUAUAUUAUUUUAAUUAUUUUUUUCAUAUUUUAAAUUAAAUUUUAUUUAUACUUUGUUAAUGUCUAAAUAAUUUUUAAAUAAAAAAUAAACUUUUUCAAAAAUUUAAGUAUUUAAAUAUUUAGAUGUUAAUAUAACUUAAGUAUUUUAAUCGUCAAUUUCUUAUUUAGUUACCGCCACAUCAACAAUUAAUACAAAACUUAACAAUAUGUACUGCCAAUUUUUUUGAAAUUAUGUGUAUUUACUAUAAAAUUUUAAGUAUUUAAGUACUUGAAAAACAAUAAAACAAUUUUUUUUAAAAUAUUAAGUAUUUUAGUUGUGAUUUAAUUUAAUAAUAAUAAUAAUAAUAAUAAUAAUGCACGCUCAUUAAUACAUUUCAACAUUGUCUUAAAAGAUGCUUAAUUAGCACCAUGAUUCAAAUAUAUUGUUACCUGAAAAUUAUGUCAGGUAUGGUUUUGUCUUUUUUGGUAGAAAUGUUUUUUUUUUUUUAGGAAUGGUAGCAAUGUUUUAAAUUUGUUGUAACUUAAUUAUUUUGGUAUGAAAUAAAAAGAGUAAAAAAAAAAGGUCAUUAUGGUAGAAUUAAUAUACGCACGCAUACCUGAUAGAUCGAUUGGGAAGUGACCGUUUUGCUCGACAAGCUCAAAAUGACGGAGCACCGAAAACACCGACGCCGACAUGGGCCAAAGCGAAGCCA